CAUUUCCCUGACAGAAAGAGUAGCGACGAAGUGAAUCGUCUACUCUGGGCGGACGUAUUAACUCUCCUAUUUAUUCAGCCAAUAUCGCGCGCGCGCUGUGUGUGUGUGUGUGAAUUGGAAUGAGAUAUGUUUUACUGCGAACAUUCUUCAUACGGCUGUCAAGUAACUUGAGGAAAAGUGCUGGAAAAAUAGCAUAAAUUACAACAGCAUUGGCUGAUUGGAAAAGAUCUCAUGUACUUGGUCAGUGUGUCAAGGAGUGCUGUGCUUGUUGCAAAGACUAUAUUGAAGGGGCUCCACCUACCAAGAAAACUUGGUUUGGGUUGGACACUGGUCAACAUGUGGACAACUUCCGCAUCAUGCUGCAUCGUUUGUUCUCUUUGUAUUCUGACCCUGAACUCAGUGAUGUACAACUGGUGGUUGGCAAGAAAGUCUUCCUUGUACACAAACUCAUUCUCAGCAUGUGUAGUGAUGUUUUCAAGACUAUGCUGACCAAUCCUCAAUGGCCAGAAUCCUAUAAAGACCGUAUCGUUCUCAAAGAAGAGCCAGAGUGCAUCCAAGUGUUUCAGGACUUCAUGAAAUAUAUUUAUACAGGUACCAUCCAUUUAACUCAUGAGUCUGUAUUACCAGUUCUUACCUUGGCAGACAAAUAUGGUAUUACGGACUUAACUGAAGUCUGUGUAGAUUUCAUGUGCAAUCACUGUAUGAUGACUGGAUCUUCAACUUCUGCAGUAUCUUGGCUCCAGUAUUCAGUCAUGUGUGGCCACAAAGAAGUUGAAAAAUCUUGUUUGCAGUUUAUUUCUAUGAAUUUUCAAAAAAUUAUUUCAGCUCCAGAUUUUUCAGCAAUGUCUGUAGAUUUUCUUGUGACCUUUCUGAAGAGUUCUGACCUGAUCAUCCAUGAUGAACAUACACUGUUUCUUGGACUUAAGAAAUGGAUCCUCUUACAGUCAGAAAAAACUGGCCAUAAUGAGGAAUCUGUAAAACAAUUGGUGCUUCAAACUAUACCGUACAUUCGUUUUCCACUCAUUCGCCUUUCACAGCUUCUAGCAAUGAAGCAGGACAAAUUCAUUCAAAGAUUCAAAGCUGUCAUUGAUGAAAAAAUAAACCAUGCCAUAAAAUUUCAUUCUGCAAAAGGAAAUGAUCGAUUUAUCCUUGACAGUGUCAGUGGUGAAAGUCUGCAAUAUGAAGCUCGUAACUACACCAGUGAUAUUUGGAGCACUGAACUCAUGAUUGAGAAUUAUCAUGACUUGGGAGAAUAUGAUGUCCGUGCUGCUUUCUUUUCUACACCAAUCAGCAGUUCAGAUGCUGAUGAAAACUGCUGCUUUGACUGGCAUGUUGAUCUUUAUCCAAAGGGUGUACUAUUUGGCAGCUGUAUGAUGAUUGGGUUGCAGCAGAACUUUGAAAUUGAAUCUUGUGCUUAUAAAACUGUGCGUCUUUCUGUAAAAGCAAUGUCCAAAAUAGAGCGUCACGUCCACAUUACAGUCCUUACUGCAGGAAUGAAAGAUGGGGUUGAAUACAUAAAGAGGACAACUUCCAAAAUUUGUUUCUUUGAUGAACAUUGUUUAGUCCACAACAUUGACUAUAUUUUACCAUAUAUGGACCUUAAUGGCUCAGAUUCCAAAUACAUGACAGGGCAGAAUCAUGAUACAUUUCGCAUAAUGAUAAUUAUUAAACCUGUCCUCAGAAGAUAGCACUUGCAGAAAAUAUAUGAUUUCAUAUUUGAAUAGAAGUGUGGUGCUCACUUUGGAAUUGAAAGAUCAGAUUAUUUCAGGCCUUUAUCAGUAGCACUAUAUUGUUUGUUUCUGUUAAGCGAGGUGCACUGCUAUUGCAUAACUGCACGAGUAUCAGUCAACUAGAUUUCAUGGUCAAAGAAUUGAUGCUAAGAUGCAGGUUCCUAAUUAUCAAAAAAUAAGUUUAAAAUGGGAACAAAAAUACAACCUUAACAACAACAACACCUCUUGCAAAUAUUGAAAAUUUGCAAACCCAGCCAAACUCAUACAGUUGAGUAAUCCACUCCAAAAAAACAAAAAAUAAUUUUUUUAUUUAUCCUCCCCCCCAUCCCUUUUUUUUAAAGAAUUUUCAGUCUAUUGUUACCAAUGUCUAAAGGAUGAAAAAUGAGAAAUUUUCUUUACAAAUAUAAUUUAUUGUUUAAUUAA